GCAACGGUGGUGUUGCUGAGCGCUGCUUUCAAACUUCAACCUUCCUUUCAACGUGGCUCGCAUGUGGACCACCGGAGAACAUGAUCAUGGGGAGACUGCUGUGGUGAGAACAUUCUGACCACCCCUCCCUUCCAAAUGAAACCAAGACUGCACUGUUGCCUCUUUGAACAUCUGGGAGCCGUUUAGAUUCUCCCCAGUGACUCAUCCACGAACACAAGCAUGGCAUGUGAUGGGCUGUGUCCCAACAUCACAUGCAGCGGGAGCCUCACGGUGGAGGGCGACAGCAAGCCGGCGACGAGCAUCAUCAUGUUCAUGGCCGGCGUGGGGGGAAACCUCCUGGCGCUCUUCAUCUUGGGCGUACACCGCAAAGAACACCGCUCCACAUCGUCCGUCUUCUCCAUCCUGGUGACCGGGCUCGUCCUCACUGACCUGCUGGGCACCUGUCUCCUCAGCCCACCCGUCUUCAUCUGCUACGCACGCAAUGUGUCUCUCGUCGGACUGGGCGACGAGAGCCUGUGCCAGCUCUUCGGCUUUGCCAUGAGCUUCUUCGGCCUGGCGCCCACCCUCAUCCUGUGCACCAUGGCCGUGGAGCGCUGCCUGGCUAUCAGCCACCCAUACUUUUACUCGGGGCACAUCCGUCGAAGCUUCGCCAAGGUGGCGCUCGUCGUCAUUUAUCUCUUUUCCCUGGCCUUCUGCCUCCUGCCAUUCGGCGGCAUCGGCAAGUUUAGGCAGUACUGCCCGGGGACGUGGUGCUUCAUCGACAUGGACGCAACGGGGGACGCCAACGGCGAGAGGGUGCAGGCCUUCUCGUUGACGUACUCCUCUCUCAUGGCGCUGAUCAUCCUGGCCGUGUUCGCGUGCAACGGCUCGGUGAUCGUCAGCCUCUGCCAGAUGCACCGCAGCCAGUUGAUGCGGCGAGGCUCGGCCGGCUCCACGGGCAGGAAGAGGAAGCUGAGCCUGGCCUUGUUCGGAUGGGGUGAAGAGGAGAUGGAUCACCUGGUGCUAUUGGCACUCAUCACGGUCAUCUUCGCCAUCUGCUCGCUGCCGCUCACAAUCGCCGGCUUCAUCAACGCCAUCCACCCUUUUUGCGGCGACCACGAGAACCUGACCGCCUUCCGCUUCUACGCCUUCAACCCCAUCGCGGACCCCUGGGUGUUCAUCAUCUGCCGCAAGUCGGUCCUCCGACACCUGCGUUCGUUGCUGAACUGUCGCUUCGGCUGGGGGGCCGGCGUCAAGACCCAGGCUCACUGCCCCUCCAUACCCUUGCCCCGGGAGGACCACGUGAUCCAGCGCAAACCUCCGGACGUGAUGCAUUGCAGCUUCUAUUCAGGUGUACCCUCGUCACCCAGUACGUGAUAGACUCGAUUUUGCAUGUGUGUGUGUGUGUGUGUGUGUGUGUGUGUGUGCGCGUGCGCGCGUGUCAUUCUGAUUGAGUCUCAACAUGACCAUUGAUGUGACAGUACAUACUUCUGUAUGAAUGAUUGGGAAAGAGUUUUAGUGGUGAAAUGUGUAUACUGUUGAGGUGUAAAGUCUGCAAUUAUGUCUUUAUCACUACAUGGGCAUGUGGACCGAAAAAGUUUCUGUAGUCCUCCCUCUGUAACUUCUGCAGCUACACAUUGUGGUUUGUUGUGAGUGAGGCUUUCAAAUGCGUAUUCAUGCCUCUGCUGUUUUCCCUGUGUUGUGUGGUUUGCACAAUCGCUUCCACUUUUGAGGUUCAUCCGUGCAUGACGCCCCACCAGCCAAGUACCUGUUACGACCUGUAUUGAGAAUGAAUGUAAGAUUUGAGUUGUAAAUGGUAAUGGACAGUACAUUCAGUAGAACUCUAAAUGUUACCAAAACAAAAAACACAAAACAAGUAUUGCAAUGCAAGUAUACAUUAUAUGUGUAAUUGCUACAGAUUUUGAUGUGAAUGUGUACAUUUGUAAAUAUGGAUGUCGAACCAGUGUAGAAGUGCAUCUGGAAGCACAAUGAAAUGAAAAAUUGUUUUAUGUACGAGUACCCAAUAACCUAUCGUCCAAAUAAAGUUUUAUUUGUUGA